AUGUUGUUUUCACAUCUUUCAACAUUCAUAUUUGCAUCUACAGCAUUAGCAUUACUUCCUCAUGAUACUGAAGACUUCAAAUCUUCAAAAUUAUAUAAAGUUAAUGAGCUUCAAGAAGUUCCAAAAGCAUACAAAACAUAUAUUCAAAAAUUAGAAUCAUCCCCAUCUUCAAAUAAAAUUGGUAUUGCUAAAGCACCAAACUCUCCAACUUCAAAAUUUCAGAAUACAUCUUCAUCCAAUCCCAAGACUUUAAAUCUAUCACCAGGUAUUACCACACUGCACACGGAUGAUUUGAAAGAAUGCUAUUUUGUCAAUACUACAAUCGGAAAUACAGAAUAUCCGUUGAUUAUAGAUACCGGUUCAGCUUACUUAUGGGUUUAUGGUGACAAUUGUACGGAUGAAGCUUGUAAAGAUGAAGAAAAAUAUUCUUCCUCUGAAUCUUCUGAAUCAUCAUCUGCAACAUCAACAUUUGCAUUAUCAUAUGUCACUGGUACAGCUCAAGGUGAAGUUGUUGAAGAUAACAUCAUUGUUAAUAAAUUAGCUACAACUCAAAAAUUUAAAUUUGGUAAAGCUGACAAAGUUCCAGAUUUUUUCAAAAAAUAUCCAGUAUCUGGUAUAUUUGGAUUACCGUCAAAUGAUUCGUCUGCUAUCCAAAGUAUCAUCUCAGCUUUAUAUGAUUCACAUGCUAUUGCAAAAGAAAUUUUUUCUAUUAGUUUAGGUAAUUUUUCAAAUACUGAAGAGCAUCCAAACUCUGGUAUUUUCGCAAUUGGUGAACCUUUAGAAGAAUUAUAUGAAGGUGACAUUCACUAUACAGAUCUGAUAGAUAAUGAUAGUCAUUAUUGGCUAAUCCCAGUUGAAUCUGUUUCCUUAGAUCAAUAUGAAAUCACAUUCAAUCAGUCAGUCGAUUUGAAAAAUGGUGAUGAUAACACCACUACUGCAAGAAAAGCAUUAGUUGAUAGUGGUACCACUGUCUUAGCCUUACCAAAGCAAGAUGCCCUUGACAUUCAUAGCUAUUUUGAUGAUUCCAUAACAGACGGUUCAAAUUUUGCUGUUCUGUGUAACUCAACAGUUGAUUUAGUGCUGAAGAUUAACGGUCAAAAUUGGACUUUAGGACCAGAAUACUACUUAGGAGAGGAAUACCAUAAUUCAACUGAAUUGGAUGGUUAUUGUGUAUCAAACAUUCAAGGUAUCGAUACUGCCGCUGCUGAUUCAUGGAUUUUAGGUGCAACUUUCUUACAAUCAGUUUAUGCUGUUUUUGAUGUUGACCAACAAAGAGUUGGUUUUGCAGAAAAAAAUACUAACGUUAAACUAACUUCAAAUGAUACUACUUCAAAUUCAGUUGCCAAUAAUGGAUCUUCAAUUUCAACUUCACUGGUUUCAAAUUCAUCAUCUGCUUCUACUACAUCUCAUAAAGGUGGUGCUGUUAUAAUUGGUGCUGAGAAUUUACAAAGCUAUACCCUUUUCGUUGCAUUGAUUUCAAUGUUUUUGUUAUGA